AUGUCGGCCCUCCAGCGAUUCCUCCUCGACCCAGCAAACCACGACCUGCUGGCCAUUCUCAAGGGUGCUAGAAAUGGGCUCGUAUACGGCUGCAAGAUCCGCUUCCCCCAUGCUCUGGUCAUGACCUUUCUCUUUUCCCACAAACCUCUCCCCGCCAAGAUUCGUGGCAUCUUCACGGCGACCAAGACCCACGCUCUCAACCUCUGCAAAUUCGUGACCAUCUACAAAACUCUCCUGCUCUUGCAAAAGAAGCUCAAUGGAGGCAAAGAAAGAAAUCUCGACACGCUUGUGGCCGGAGGUCUCGGAGGGUAUUGGAUCUUUGGUGAUAGGACGCCCAUCAACGAGCAAAUCGUCCUCUACGUGCUCGGCCGCAACAUACUCGCCCUGCUCCCACGUCUAUACUCUCAAUCAACACCUCCCGCUCACCCCUUCCAGCCCCUGUCUCACCCUCUCCCAUCUAUCACCUCUCCAGCGGGCAACCCUAAACCCAUCCCGCCGGCGCAGGUUCCGUUCACCAUCGUAGCGACGCUGAGUUGGGCGGUGGCGAUGUACAUGUUUAGACACCGUGGAGAGAGGAUGCAGCCGGGAUUGAGCAAUAGUAUGAGAUACUUGUACCGAGAUUCCGAGACUUGGACAAGUCUAAAGACGCUGCUCUGGCACAACAAAUAG